UUCUUUGUUGUUUUCUCUUUAUUUUCGGUCUUCUUCUUCUUGAAGCCUUUAAUUAAUAGCCUUUUUAAGCUAUGGGUAGUGAAGGCAGUGUGGAAUUGCUCCAUUGCAGCAACACCACUUUCUCUAAUAAGCUCCAUUGUGACCACCCAAAGCUUGAGAUUGCAGCUCCCAUGGAGGUUAUUAAUAAUGAUUUCACUGAUGGGUCUUGGUUUGAGGAAGAGAUUGAUGUUGAUCUCAAAUGGUCUUUUGCCCUCAACAGGAUGCUGCACAGAGGAAAAAGCGAGUACCAGGACAUUGCUCUCUUGGACACAAAGAGGUUUGGGAAGGUGUUGGUGAUAGAUGGAAAGAUGCAGAGUGCAGAGAUUGAUGAGUUCAUCUACCAUGAAUGCUUAAUUCAUCCAGCUCUCUUAUGUCACCCUAACCCAAAAACUGUGUUCAUAAUGGGAGGUGGUGAAGGCUCUGCAGCACGGGAAGCACUGAGGCACAAGUCCAUUGACAAAGUGGUCAUGUGUGAUAUCGAUCAGGAGGUAGUUGAGUUUUGCCGGAGACACCUAACGGCAAACUAUGAGGCUUUCCAUAAUAAGAAGCUUGAUUUGGUGAUCAAUGAUGCAAAGGCUGAGCUGGAGCAGAGGAAGGAGAAGUUUGAUGUGAUAGUGGGAGAUUUGGCUGAUCCAGUUGAAGGAGGGCCUUGCUAUCAACUCUACACCAAAUCAUUUUAUGAGAAUGUUCUCAAGCCUAAGCUCAGUGAAGGUGGAAUCUUUGUAACUCAGGCUGGACCUGCGGGGGUUUUCACCCACAAGGAGGUCUUCUCGUCUAUCUACUACACAAUCAAACAAGUGUUCAAGCAUGUGAUUGUUUUCACAGCACAUGUGCCAUCUUUUGCUGAUACAUGGGGAUGGGUUAUGGCUUCUGAUGAGCCAUUGUGCGUAGAUUCUGCAAUGAUAGACACCAAAAUUGCAGACACAAUUGAUGGAGAGCUUUUGUAUCUCAGUGGCUCUUCCUUCUACAGCUCCACCAUCUUGAACAAGACCGUCGCCACAACGUUGAAGAAUGAGACUCAUGUGUACACUGAGGAAGAUGCAAGGUUCAUCCCUGGACAUGGGCUGCUCACAUUCAAGAACUGAUGGAUCGGAUCGGAUUUGAGGAGAAUUAUUAUUCAAGGAGGCCGGGCUGUACAGAAACAAACCAAACAAAACAUCAAAGAAGAAGCUGAUGAGAGUUUAAUUUGUCUGUCUAUUAAGAAAUGUUAUGUUGUUGAAUCCUAAUAAAAGGAUUUUAUAUUAUAUUAUGGUCUGUCUUGUUAAGUAGUAUGUAGUUGAUCGAGUUGCUGUUUGUUCAGUUGUGUUCAGUGUAUAGGCAGGCUAGGAGGCCGAUCUCAUCUGGCUCUUCCUAUAUAUGCUACAAAUUAAAACAAUGUUGUUUCAGUUUAAUGUUUAAGACAUUACUUUAAUUUGCUUCA